UACUAAAAGGACGUCGUGAUAAAGCUUCCAGAGCAAGCAACAAUGGCGACGGAGGAGACCAAGAUCAGCGUCCUGUGCAGCCUCUUCAACUGGAUGCUUCGGAGCAAGCCCGCCGCCAAGAAGCGCUCCAAGUUCCGCAAGUUUCUCGACACUUUCUGCAAAAAUGGCGACUACUUCCCCGCCAUUCGACUGCUCCUCCCCAACCUCGACCGUGAGAGGGGAUCCUACGGCCUCAAGGAGUCCGUCCUCGCGACGUCCCUCAUCGACGCUCUCGGCAUCUCCAGGGACUCCGAGGACGCGCUCCGCCUAAUCAAUUGGCGGAAGGGCGGCGCCGCCAAGGCCGGAGCUUACGCCGGUAACUUCGCCCUCGUCGCCUUCGAGAUACUGGAGCGUAGGCAAGGAAUGGCUUCUGGUGGACUAACAAUCAAGGAGCUGAAUGACUUGCUGGAUCGUUUGGCUUCAAGUGAAAGCAGGUCAGAGAAGAUUUCAGUUCUCUCUACUUUGAUUAGCAAGACAAAUGCACAAGAAAUGAAGUGGAUUAUUAUGAUUAUUCUAAAAGAUCUGAAGUUGGGGAUCAGUGAAAAAAGCAUCUUUCAUGAAUUUCAUCCAGAUGCAGAAGACUUGUUCAAUGUCACCUGUGACUUGAAAUUGGUCUGUGAAAAGCUUAGAGAUCGAAGUCAACGCCAUAAGCGUCAGGACAUUGAAGUUGGAAAAGCAGUUCGUCCUCAACUAGCUAUGAGAGUUGCGGAUGCAACUACUGCAUGGAAGAAGCUUCUUGGAAAGGAAGUGCUUGUUGAGUGCAAAUUUGAUGGUGAUCGCAUCCAAAUUCACAAGAAUGGAACUGAUAUACAUUACUUCUCAAGGAAUUUUCUUGAUCACACAGAAUAUGAACAUGGAAUGUCGGAUAUUAUUAAACAAAAUGUUCUGGCUGAUAGGUGUAUAUUGGAUGGUGAAAUGUUGGUGUGGGACACAUCUUUAAAUCGUUUUGCCGAGUUUGGUUCAAACCAAGAGAUAGCUAAGGCAGCAAGGGAUGGAUUUGAUAGUGAUCGUCAUUUAUGCUACGUUGCAUUUGAUAUUCUUUAUGUUGGAGACACAAGUGUAAUUCAUCAGAGCUUGAAGGAACGACAUGAGCUGCUUCAAAGAGUUGUGAAGUCUUUGAAGGGCCGUCUAGAAAUCUUACUACCAGAUGGUGGUGGUCUUAAUACUCGUCGUUCUCCAGGUGAACCUUGUUGGUCGCUUAUUGCUCAUAACGUUGAUGAUGUUGAAAUAUUUUUCAAAGAGACUAUUGAAAAUAGAGAUGAAGGGAUUAUUCUGAAGGAUCUUGGUUCCAAGUGGGAACCUAGUGAUAGGAGUGGAAAGUGGUUGAAAUUGAAGCCUGAUUAUGUUCGUGCUGGUUCUGAUCUGGAUGUUCUCAUAAUAGGGGGAUACUAUGGCUCUGGACGUCGUGGAGGGGAGGUGGCUCAAUUCUUAGUGGGCAUUGCAGAGCGUCCAACACCAAAUACACAUCCAAGACGAUUUAUAUCGUUUUGUAGAGUGGGUACUGGACUUUCUGAUGAGGAUCUAGAUGCUGUUGUAAACAAGUUAAAGCCUUUUUUCAGGAAGUAUGAAUAUCCCAAGAAGGCCCCACCAAGCUUUUAUCAAGUGACGAAUAAUUCCAAAGAGAGGCCAGAUGUUUGGAUUGACAGCCCAGAGAAAUCAAUAAUACUUUCUAUUACCAGUGACAUUCGAACUAUAAGGUCUGAGGUUUUUGCUGCACCAUACAGCUUGAGAUUUCCACGUAUUGACCGAGUUAGAUAUGACAAGCCUUGGCAUGAAUGCCUUGAUGUGCAAUCAUUUAUAGAGCUGGUACAAACAACCAAUGGCACCACCCAUAGGGGGACAGAUUCUGCUGCAGUGCAACAUAGUAAACAAAAACGCACGAAAUCCUCUACAAGGGAAGACAAAAAGAAGCUGUCUGUCGUUCCUUCACAUUUAGUUCAAACAGAUAUUUCUGGUGUUAAGGAGGGCGACACAAUAUUUUCAGGCAUGAUGUUCUACUUUGUGAAUGUGCCUCCAACUCAUUCGCUCGACUCCUUGCACAAAAUGGUUGCUGAAAAUGGGGGCACUUUUUCCAUGAAUCUGAACAAUUCAGUCACUCAUUGUGUUGCAGCUGAAAGCAAGGGGAUUAAAUUUCAGGCGGCGAAGCUUCGUGGAGAUAUUAUUCAUUACUCUUGGCUAUUGAAUUGCUCUUCUCAAAAGAAGCUCCUUCCUCUACAACCAAAGUAUUUCCUCUUUCUAUCUGAUUCUUCAAAAAAGAAGUUACAAGAAGAAAUUGAUGAGUUUUCUGACUCGUACUACUGGGAUCUAGACCUUGCUGGCAUCAAACAGCUCUUAAGCAAUGUGGAUAGAGCGGAAGAUACAAAAACAAUUGAUCAUUUCAAGGAAAAGUACAGUCUGGCCAAGUGGUCCCGCUUCCAUGGCUGCUUCAUAUACUUCCACGCGUCACCAGAGUCUCUGAAACCGGAUUGGGAAGUGUUGUUGGGGCUCUCUCUUCGGAGGUUAAAAGUUGAAGUCAACAUGAAUGGUGGCAGAGUCAGCAAUAGUCUUGCUCAGGCUACCCAUUUGGUUGUCUUAUCAGUCCCAGGAUUUACCCUGGACUUGGAAAAUGUAUUGCAAAGUUUUAGUGGAACGGAAAAACGUCUUAUCUGGAAUGGAAAGUUACAUAUUGUCCAAUCUCAAUGGUUGGAAGAUUGUGUGGAAAGGGAACAAAGGUUGCCAGAAGAAACAUAUAGUUUGAAGCCUUUGCUGGAACAGUUGAAAAUUGAAGAUUGGAAUCAGGACAUGGAUCUAGAAGUCUCUUCUGAUCUCGACAUUGUGAAGAAGCAGAAUGUUUCAUUGUCACCUAGCAAAGAAGGAAAUAAUAGAAAAGGCAGUGAGGCUCCAGAAAGCCCAGGAAUCCGGCCUGUACUUGAGGUUGGUUCCAAGAGGAAACGAGGAAGACCUGCUGGGAACAGAGGAAAAGCAGUGGCAAAGCCAGCUCGUAAAACUCGAGCACGUGUUGGAAGUAAGGCUGCUAAAAUAUCUGGAAACGAAUCGGAUGAUAGUGUUUCUGAUGAAGAAAACACUACUAAAGAAGAGAGCAAACAACUGGGGGAAAGUCAUGGAAAUAUAGUUGAGGAACAAUCGCAAAUAAGCAAAGCAAAAGGAGGCGCCAAGCAAGUUCGAAGAACAAGGGCACGCAUUGGAAAGAAGCCUGCUAAAAUAUCUGGCAAUGAAUCAGAGGAUAAUGCUUCUCAAGACGAAAGUACAUUCAAAGAACCGGCCAACAAGCAAAUAGAGGAUAUCCAUGAGAGGAUAGAUAUAGGCACUUCACAAACCCGUGAAACCAAAACGAUAGAAAAGUCCGAGUCAUCAGAAAAAGGCAAUGCGGAUAAGCAAGAAGGUGAAGGGAAUAUUAGGUAUUGGUUCAAUAAAGUUCCUGAGAAUGAAACGAGUGAAAAGCAAAAUAGUGAAAACAGUCAGCCGCCGCCGCCGCCGCCCGAGAAGCUUGAACUUAUGACUGAUCCUGUUCAUGCCAUGUUGUUGGACAUGAUUCCGAGGCUUGGAAAGGAGAAAGUCGAAAUUACAAAUACAAGUACUGAAGAUAAGAAGCCAGCAGUGGAUCCUAAUGCACCACAGCCUAAAAAGAAGAAAGUUAGCUACAAGGAUAUUGCUGGGGACCUACUCAAGGAUUGGUAGUUACUUUUGUGUUAGCCUUUUGGUUGCAUCUGUAUAUAAUUAGUUUCUUAUUGUAUAUUUAUCUCUUUUUUACUCGCUUGUUACUAUGACACUCCUAUUAAGUUUCUCAGUGUAUAAUGUAUAUUUAUCACUC